AACGGGCAAAAACCCCUUUCAUCUUCCCCGAAGAAAAACCCUUCUCUUGGCGACUGGGGCCAUACGACCCAAAUCCCUUCUCCUUAUCGAUUUAUCUCUUAAACCCUAGAUUUCCAUCUGGGGUUUUCUGAUUUGGGUUUGGGUUUUUCUCCCUUUUCUUUGGAAUCUCCUAUCUCUCUGCGUAUCCGGUCGCAUCCCCUAUCCGGGAAGGAUCUACAUAUCUCCAUACCCAAGUCCGUUCGAAUGGCUACCGUCGUUACUCCCGCGGAUCAAACUGCCGAGUUGCUGCAGAAAAUGUCAUUGGAUUCUCAAACAAAGACUCUGGAGAUCUCCGAGCCGAGUAAGAAGACUGCAGUUUACAAGUAUGGAGCUGUGGAUUCGAAUGGUCAACUUUCUUCUUUUGAUCGAUCUUUGACUCCAUUGCUCCCUAGCGAUGCUCUGGACCCUUCCGUCUGCUUUGUUCCGAGUGGCUAUCAGCCCUACUAUUUUGGUGGAUAUGGGAAUGGUCACGAUUGGACUGAGUACGAGUACACAGGUUAUGCAAAUCCUGAUGGUGUGGACGUGACUUCUGGGAUUUAUGGAGAGAAUGGGUCUAUUGUGUAUCAACAGGGAUAUGGGUAUGCAGCAUAUCAAUAUUCGCCAACCGCAAGUCCUGCUCCUGUCGGUAGUGAUGAACAGUUGUAUGGUGCUCAGCAAUACCGGUACCCUUCCUACUUUCCUUCCAAAACCAGCAGUGGACCUUUCGUUUCCUCUGUUGAUACUACUUCGCAUGCGGAUCUCUCUGUGAACAAAGGUGCUGAUGGAAAGACACUCCCUGCCAAUAGUACGAACGCUGAUGCCACUGCUGAUUCAAAGAGUGGUAUUGAAAAAGGAAACAAGGGCUCAGCUCUGGGGAAACCACAGGACCAGGGUACUCUUAACUCGACUAAUUUGUACGGGAAUGGUGCUUCUGGAGGGGGGUUUAGUACUGCUGUGUAUCAGGAUCCGAGGUUUAGCCAUGAUGGAUUUUACUCUCCCAUGUCAUGGCAUGAUGGCUCCAAGUUUUCAGAUGUGCAGAGGCCUGUGUCUGGAAGUGGAGUUGUGUCAUCUUUUUCUAAGGCUAACAAUGUACAUUCCUCGAGGAAUCAGAACUAUGGGUCAAAUUCCCAUUACAUGGGUUGGCACCAGCCCGCUUCAAUGACAGGAUUCGGUACAACUCAGAGAUACUAUGAUAGGAUGUACCCAAGCAAUUUUUACAGUCAGUAUGGAAGCACUGUAAGAUCUGGCAGGGGUUAUGGUUCGACUGGGUAUGAUGCAUGGACAAAUGGAAGAUGGGUGACUGCAGAUAACAAAAACAGAGUCCGGGGAAGGUGUAACAAUUACAGCUAUGGAAAUGAGAACAUAGAUGGUAUGAAUGAGCUCAACAGGGGACCUAGGGCAAAGGGUCCAAAGAACCAGAAGGUGCCCACAUCAGAGAUUGGCUAUGAUGUGAAGGGGCAGAUGGGAAUAUCAGACGUAACUGAUACUGGAGAGACAGACGAAAUAUGUGUUGUUGUUCCUGACAGAGAAGGAUACAAUAGAGAAGAUCUCCCUGAGGAUUACACAGAUGCUAAGUUCUAUGUCAUCAAGUCAUACAGUGAAGAUGACAUUCAUAAGAGCAUCAAAUAUAAUGUUUGGGCAAGCACACCAUAUGGCAACAAGAAGCUCGAUGCAGCAUAUCAGGAAGCUCAGCAGAAGCCUGGCAACUGUCCAGUGUUUCUCUUCUUCUCGGUCAAUGCCAGUGGACAAUUUGUUGGGGUCGCUGAAAUGAUUGGGCCGGUUGAUUUCAACAAAAAUGUGGAGUAUUGGCAACAGGACAAGUGGACUGGCUCGUUUCCCCUAAAGUGGCAUAUUGUGAAGGAUGUGCCAAACAGUUUGUUCAAGCACAUUACUCUCGAGAACAAUGAGAAUAAGCCAGUUACGAACAGUAGAGACACACAGGAGGUCAAACUGGAGCAGGGUUUGAAGAUAAUAAAGAUUUUCAAAGAGUAUAACAGCAAAACAUGCAUUUUGGAUGAUUUUUCAUUCUACGAGGUUCGGCAAAAGACAAUCCAAGAGAAGAAAGCUAAGCAACAGCAGCAGCAGCAGACCCAGAAGCAGGUAUGGGCAGGGAAAACUACUGAUGACAAGAAGGAACCUAUAAAUGGCUCUGCAACUGCAGAGUCUGCAAAUAAAUCUACGGAUGAUCUCAAGGUUGCUGAAAAUGGUUCAGCUGCUAAAACCGAGGGUCACUCUAACAACACUAAGCAAGUCAUGGCUUCACCAAACGGUUGCUAGCUUCUGCCAUGUGGCUCACGGCAGAGCUUGGUCCUCGUAUAUAAUCCCGACAUUGUAAUGGUACCUCAAAACGCGAGAAAGAAGGAACAAGCUAUCUGAUUAUAGCCCUUACAUCGGCUCUGCUUUGUGGUGGUGUCUAUUGUGCGGCUAUUUGCUCUGGACACAAAUUUGAAUAGAGCUGAGAAGGUGAUGAAUUUGCUGUGGUGUAGGGGGAGAGGAGGCUUCUUGGAAUCAAACCAUGGAAAAGAUGCCACAACCCUUCUGGUUUUAGGAGCUUUACUGCCCUCUAGAAGUUUAUUUCCUUUCAUGUCAACAUCUAUCAAUCUUUCCCUCUCUUUUUUUAUAUUGGUUCUGUUUUUCUGAUGUUGAUGAUGUUCCUGCCUUGUGAAUGCGUCGAGGAUGAAGAAGAGGAAGAAGCAAAGGUGGGAUGUGUUUUUGGUUUCAGUUUUGGGUUUUAGCCGGAGACAACAAAAGAUUUCUUCAUUUCAGACAUAUCUGGUUUCAGUUUGGGAGUUGAGAUCUUAUGAUAUAUGUAAUGGUCCGUGUAUCUGUAACAGUUUCAGCUGUGGAAAAUUAUUCUGAUUCAGGAAAUACAAACGAGGGCAAGCACAUAUAACUUUCUCGCCUCAAUAUGAUUUAGAUAGAUGAUAUUAGGGUUCUUAACUAAAGCAGUGCUAAAUAGAUGAUGGAGCUCCCGAUAACGAUUCUAAGGUAACAGGAUAUGACGACUUGAUUCUAUGGAGCUCGUCUCCAAAAAAAAAAAAAAAAAA